AUGCACACGCAGGCACAAGUUCAGGCGGGUGCAGACUCGGGGGCCAGCAUGGACAGUCAGACAAGUCCGUCGUUCCAACAGCGGCGCAAAAGGAGCGAGAGCACCGGUGGCUUCAAAAACAACAUCACUCGACUUGUCAAGAAGAGCAGCAGCAAUUUUCUCAAGAAACUCGUCAAGAACUUUGAUGACAAGGAUGCACCUCCAAUCCCUACUGCUCAGACUUCACACAUUGCCGCCUCGAUGAGCUCACCCUCUCCCCGACACCAAACUCACAGGAGCGCAACACAUCCUGAUCUGCCUACACUCGCCUCAAUCGCUCCAGGACAGACCCAACUAGGACCCUUGUCGACACCUCCACCUUUGUCACCCUUGAUGGGUCAGGACCUUGUCUCGCACUUUGCCAACUUCGCCCCGCCAGGAUCGACAGGAGAACCCCUCCAUAUGUAUCAGCAUGCCGCACGCAACCCCAACAUCCAGUCAUGGCUCCAAAACACAGCAUCAAAUGGAGCUCUGUCCGACACAGUGCACCCUCAUGCGAUGCCACCGCCAUCAGCAUUUUCUCCGGCAGACCUCACCGCCAGCUUGGCGAUGUUGACCCACGACGACGUCGAAUGUGGCGACGACGACGACGAUGAGGGCGAACUGGAUGAAGACGAAGACGAGGACAUGCCCGCCAAUAUCUCCAAUCGACUCUCAAAGCUCUAUGAAUCUGGAUCGCAGCAUCUCAAUCAAUCCCAGACAUCGCUGUAUUACUCGACAAAGUCGUACCUGUCCGACAGCGAGGCAGCAGAGUUGGCAUCAAGGCGGGCUUCUAUGGCGCAGGAUCCACUAGGAUACAGUUUGGGAUUAUCAAGAGGCAACUCGAUCCGGUUCUCACAGUACAGUCUUCACAGCCUUCACAGCUCUGUGGCACCGAUGCACUCAUCGUCACCACCUUCCUCGCCAGGACUCGAAGGUCGGUCUGGACCGAACCGGAGACCUAUGUCCUUGUUCUUGCCCUUGACAACACCUCUGGAUGGCGAAUGCGAUGACAAGACGGAAGUUGGAGAGGGAGAGUCAGCAGGAGAGGCCGAGACAGGGGAAGCCAUUGCCGAUGGCGACAAACAACCCGUUGAGCCUCUGCACCAGCGGGAGCUGGAACAGGAGCAGGAGCAGGAGGAAAACGAGGUGAUUACAGCAGAGUUCGUGGUCCUAGAAACUCCUCAUCGGGUUUCAGGGAUCGAUCAGGACGCAACAUCCGCACAUGAUGGACCCGCCAUUGUCUGUCAGAGCCCUCUUGAUGCUCCAGAGGGCACGGGUCGCACCCGGCCCUUAUCGGCACAUCUGAGCCAGCACGACCGGGACGCAUUGGAGGAGAGUGUGUCUGAGUUCGAGGAUGAGGCCGCAAGGAAGGCAUCGAUCCUGGCUGCCGAGACCGCAAAACGACUCUUCGACGAGGACGAGACUCUGAUGAAACGGGAGGAGAUCGCGGCGUACAUGGCGACACCCAACGCCUUUUAUCGCAGUAUCCUGGUGCACUACAUGUCGUACUUUGACUUUUCUGGACAACGACUCGACAUGGCCUUCCGAACCCUUUGCCAAAAGCUAGUCCUGAAAGGAGAGUCCCAGGAAGUCGAUCGUGUGCUGGAGGAAUUUGCAGGACGCUAUGUCACCUGUAACCCAGGGACGCUAUUGGGAGGAGCGGACAAUGCCAAGGAUGUGGUCCAUGCGAUCACUUACUCAGUCCUGUUACUCAACACCGACCUCCAUGUUGUCCGACAAUCGAGCCUGAGCAAGAUGUCCAAGUCUGCAUUCAUCAAAAACACGCUCCAAGUGGUCCAGCAGAGCAACCAGGAUCUCUCAGAAGACAUACCGUCGUCCUCCUCUCGAUCUGCGAUCUCUGUCGACCCUGUAGGACUGGGCAUGCCUCGGUCCUUGACUGCUGAAUCGUCACUGGAGCCCAUCUCGCCAACAGGAUCCAAAAGACGGACGCCAAGUGUCAAGAGCUGGAAGAGCGGAAACAGUCAACAGAGUACCGGGCCUGUUGGGAGCAACAUUUCGACCAACACGCAAACCUACAACAGUAAAAUGGGCAUGGAUCCAAGGGCGAACAACGGUUACGGCAACGGCAAGCUCUGGCAACACGAGAUGGAGACACUCCUCAAGGACAUGUAUACCGCCGUCAAGCAGAACCAGAUCUUGUUGCCAACGGCAUCAACGCCACCAGUGUCCGCAACAAGAGCAGGUUCAAGAUCGAACGCGAUGUCCUCGCCCCCUACAUCUCCCAUAGUCUCUGCAUUCGGCUCGUCAUUCCUGACGAACCGUGUGAGUCGAUUGAUCAACCCUUCGUCUUUCUCGGCUGCAUCCAACAACACCCAGUCAUUCUCGUCCUCGCAACAACAGCAGCACCAGCACCUUCAACUAAUGGAUUCAGGAUUAGGCAUGCUGGGAUCGAGUGGCAACGGCGGUGGGUUUGGUCUGGGAAUCUCUGGAAGACGCAACUCUGUGAGCGCGAGAACCAAGCAGCUCAGAAACGAGGCCAUUCAACGACUUAACGCCCAGGCGCACUCUCCCGACGGUGCAGGGGACACUGAGUAUGUUGUCGUCUCACCGCCUACAUCCCACUCAUCGACCUUUGGAUCCAGUCCUCAAUUCGGCUCCAACUCCAGUAUGGCCAACCCUCGCUACAGUAUCGCAGGUUCGAUCUACAACGAAGCCCAUGUCCUCAGCCUCGCCCAUCAGCACGAUCGGGAUCUCAACAUCAACCGAGGACCCAUGAAGGCUGGUAUCCGUGGCAACGAAGGGCAGCAGAGCCAGUUUAGCUCCUCGAGUCGACUCUCAACAUUGACUUUGAACACGUCCAUGUCAGAAUCGACUAAUACGACUACCCUCUCGGCAUCACAGAACAGUCUGGCCUCAUUGCAGUCACUUGGACCAAGAGCCGGUGUCCACCCUGACGACUCGAGCUGCAAGUCAGGAGGAGAGGACUUUAUGCUUCAGGAUGAUGACAGCAUGUCGAUUCAGGAACAAAAGGACCAUUGGCACCAGCACCACCUCCAGACCAGGUACCGCAUGGAAGGUAUACUCUGGCGCAAACAUCUCCUGGAACGAGCGGACAAGAAGGCACAGCACCGUGCUUGGCGUCAACUGUUGGUCGUCCUGGACCAGGAACGCGGCACACUCUCCAUGUUCCGCUCGGACGGAUCGUUGCCUUCUGUCUCUGCACAACCGCAAUCAAAUUCCGGUUUACUGGCACCACCUUUGAACGACUCGGAUGCCUCAGUGUCGCUCUUUGACGACAUUCCACUUCAGCAUACCAUCACCAACAUCCUCCCGCCUCCAGGAUACUCGACAUCGCGACGACAUGUCUUUGCCCUUCAGCUGUUUACAGGAGCCGUUUAUUUGUUCCAGACUAAGACUCCUCAGGAGUGCGAGUCUUGGGCACGGACAUGCAACUACUGGGCAUCGAGGACAAGCAAGGAGCCGUUGGCUGGAGGAGUGGUCAAUAUGGAGUAUGGAUGGGGCCGGGCUUUGGAUGGUGUGAUGAUGGCGCUUCAAGCAGAAGAGAGCGCUUCCAUUACAUCUUCAGGAAUGGACAUGGUCGAGAGCCCUGGACCUAUGCGGAGUCAAGGAAGCGAAUACCUGAAUUUUCCUCCACCUACGACUCCCACCUCUGCAGGACCUAUCGAUCUCUCUGGACGCGGUCGGAGUGCCUCCAUCAAGUCUGGCACCCGUGGAUCAAUGUCUUCAGGCACAGGGUCGGUCAAUGCGCACAUGGGAACGCCUAUGCCAGCUGGAGACCGGAUUACGCUGUUUGAAUGGACGGCGCCCACACCGACGAUGAGCCAGAGCUUGUUGACGGAAGAGGGGCAGAUGGAGGCAUUGAAGCGAUUUGUGGCUAGUCUGGAGUCCGAGAUGGAAGGUCAUCAGGAGCAUCGCGUUCCUAUGAUGCGCUUAUUCCAUCCAAAAUCCAGCAAUUACGCCAAGGCAUUCAACAAUUGGGAGCGUCGAUCACGUCACUUGCUCAAGGAGAUGGUCAAGUACCAGAUCUAUGUCGAGUGUCUGGAACAGUCGAUUCAGUACCAACUCUUGUUUCUCCAACAGCAACGUCAGCGAAUGAACCAGCUCGAGUCCCCUAACCCCAACCACCACCACCCUCAGCAACACCAACAUCAACACCGUCUUGACGAACUACAGCGUCAGAGCGAAGAACAGAGUAUGCUUGAAGCCGUUGAGUUGGCCGGCAACGGUGGUAGCAGUCGCCAGUAUGGCAAUAAGAGUGUCGACGUUGAGGCUGAUCUUGAGGCGCUUGUUGUUCGGGAAGGACCACCGCGGUCGUGGAGUCGUGACGGACCCUUAUCGACAUGA